GAUAAGGCAUGCUUCAGUGGUCCUAAAGAUUCCGCUUUAGCGAAAUAACAAACUACAUGUAUGGCGACUAAAUAAAUGAAAGAGGGACAUCACCUCGAUCAGGACAAUAUUGGUUAAACAUUGAUCAACGUAGUGGUCACCAUUGACAUCCAAGACUUGAGUGGUUGAGUGUGAUCAAUGAAUGUGUUUCCAUCUACACAACCUGUCUGUAAUUUUCGACACGUUUGAUCUUUUCUUAUGACCGGUGGAGUUGAAUUCUCGUGAUCGAUAGGCCCAUUUGUGAUUUUGUUUUAGACAUGGAGGCGAUUGCUCUACACGAUUUUACAGCAGGAGCAGAAGAUGAACUAAGCUUCAAGAAAGGCAAUGUAUUAAAGAUAUAAAAAACUUCAGCCCGGAGCAAAGCCAUCAAAGAUCAUGAGUUGAUGGAAGAAACAAAGGGAGCUCAGAAUUGGCUGAAGGCUGAAAUGGAUGGACGAGAUGGACUAGUACCACUUAACUACGUCCAACCUAAAGAUCAUUUCUGGUAUGUCGGGAAACUGAAGAGAAACAUGGCGGAAGAAUACUUGGCAAUCAUGCCUAAUGAUGGCGCCUUCUUAAUAAGAGAGUCAGAAAGCACUCCCGGAGACUUCUCUCUCUCUGUAAAGCAUAAAAAUAAUGUACAGCAUUUCAAAGUUCUAAGAGACGGUAUUGGAAAAUAUUUCCUUUGGGUGGUGAAAUUCAAUUCAUUAAACCAACUUGUCGAUUAUCAUCGGACAUCCUCUGUCAGCAGAACACAGACUAUUUAUCUCAAAGACCCACCUAUAACAAUAGAUACGAGUAAGACACCAGAUGAGCUCAGGAUGCAGUUGGCUCCUACUGUGAAGUACAAGGCAUUAUGGGAUUUCGAGGCAAUGGAAGAGGGAGAACUGUCUUUCAAAAAGAACGAUACCAUUCAUCUCAUCGAAAAGGACGGAAGUGAUUGGUGGCAGGGAAAGAUCGUAACGGAAACUGGAACGCGACAGGGUCUAUUCCCCGCGACAUAUGUUGAAGAAAUUCAGCCUUGAACGCCGUUUAAACGCCUUAAACCACGAGCACAUGUCCCAAAAAUCUUCCUGAUUAUCUGCAUAUAUAGAAUAUUAAUACAUUAAGAAUUGUGUAGGUAGAGGUUCACUAUAUUGAUAAUUAAUACUGCUUCUUUUGAUAUUUGUACAUUUUUGAGAAGUCUUUUAGUAUUCAAUGUUAUGUGCGCCCAGGAAUUUAUUCGGAAUUUUCCUUUCACAUGUAUGUUUUUUUAAUAAAGGAUAGACAUAUCAAAGCUGGUAAACUUCCAGGGGCAGGGUGUAUAAUGAACCCACUCCACUUUGGUUAAAUGAAUGAAAAUGCCCGCAGAUUUGUGCCCCCCCUCCCCUUGAAAGUGAGGAAUGAAAUAUAACCCAUUUUCCCUUAUGUAAUGGAGACUCCUUAUCCCCCUUCUUCCGCUUAUUCAGAACUUUUUCAAGUGACAUAGGGUGAACUACUGAAUUGAUAAAAUUAAGUAGAAUUCUAAACGGAUGUUUAGAAUUUAAGCAAGUCGUUUAAACUUUUGGACAAGUUAUUCAAACAAGUUGUUUACAAAAGUUUAAAUAAUUGUUAAAGAGUUUAAACAAAUUUUAAAGAGUUUAUACAAUAGUUGUUAGAGUGAUGGGCUUGAACAACGUACUUAAAAGUUUAAACAUCGUUUAAUAUCUCCACUUA